UUGGAUUUUGAGAAAAAAUUAUUCUCAAAAACAAAUAAAAGUCCAUAUGCUGAAAUCACACUUUUUGAGGGGACGACCUGUGUCCACCGCACAACAUCAGACAUUUAUUUCUAUAUCAUCGGUGAUGUGAACGAGAAUGAAGUAUUGCACUAUCUUGUCUGCAUGAUUCGAUUUCACAAAUCCUCCGAAAUAACUUGGAAAAGAAGGUUCUGUUGGACAAUUUGGAGCUUAAUAAUAAUGGAAAACGAUGCAUCGGUCAUAGCUUCUAAAGUUGGAAUAAAACCAGAAGAAAUGUCAUUGAGUGAACAGACCGUCACUCAGGCAAUGCUAGCAGCUCGUGAACAAAUCAAAAUGGCCCUUCUAAGAUGA